GUGUAAGGUCCGCUUAACACUGAUGGAACAUGAUGGAAAAACUAUAUUCGUUGAUGUAAACAAGCGUUGAAAAGCGAGUAAACGGACAGGCAUCUUUUAGCGAAAUGAACGAAGAAGACGAUUCAUCAAUCAUUUCUGUUGGCAAAACAGAUACCCAAAUAAAAAGUGAUUUGGAUGUUUCACAAAAGGAAGUUCCCUUACCUUCGGUUCUUUAUAAAAUCCCUGCGAAGGAAGUUUUGAUAAAAAACCACAUACAAACCGGAGAGAAACCAUUUAAAUGCGAGGAAUGUGAAAAAACAUUUGUCUCAAAAGCUAAUCUGAUCGCGCACGUUCGAACUCAUACGGGUGAACGGCCCUAUUCAUGCACAAAUUGUCCAAAAGCCUUUAGGAAUCCUUCAGCGCUGCGAGAGCACAUUCGAAUUCAUACGGGCGAACGUCCAUAUGGUUGCCUACUGUGUCAGAAGACGUUCACGCAAAUUACAACGCUCAAACAGCACCUUCGAUCUCAUACGGAUGAACGUCCUUUUUCUUGUUCACAAUGUCCGAAAUCGUUCAAAAAUCGUAAAUCGCUCACACAGCACAUUCGAACUCAUACGGGUGAACGUCCCUAUUCGUGUCCACAAUGUCCGAAGACGUUUAUACAACGUACAACGCUCCAACUACACAUUCGGACUCAUACGGGAGAACGUCCUUAUUCCUGUCCGCAUUGUUCCAAAACGUUUACGAAUUCUGCAGCGCUACGCAUACAUAUUCGGACCCACACCAGACACAAGCCUUACGUAUGCGAGCACUGUACGCAAUCAUUUAGUCAGUCCUACAACCUUACCAUGCAUAUUCGCCGUCGGCACAGUAAGCGUGAUAAGAUCGAUAAGAACAAAGAUAGGCCGGGAAAGAAACCACAGGAUACAGAUAGUUCGGGGGACGAAUCGCAAGAUACAGAUGGCUCGAGACAGGAAUCACAGGAUACAGAUAGUUCGGGGGAUGAAUCGCAGGAUACGGAUAGUUCGGGAGAUGAAUCGCAGGAUACGGAUAGUUCGGGGGAUGAAUCACAGGAUACAGAUAGUUCGGGGGAUGAAUCGCAGGAUACAGAUGGUUCGGGGCAGGAAUCACAGGAUACAGAUAGUUCGGGGGAGGAAUCACAGGAUACAGAUGGUUCGGGGCAAGAGUCACAGGAUACAGAGAGUUCGGGGGAUGAAUCGCAGGAAUCAGAUAGUUCGGGGCAUGAAUCACAGGAUACAGAUGGCCCGAGCAGAAAUCCCAAGAGGAGGAAGAGAUAACUAGUCGUGGGGAAAAAUCUUUGCCACCGAAAGCUAUUGGCAAAUAAUCCAAAAGUGGCAAAUGUAUUUGCAUUUCGAGCGAGCGAUUAACGCGCGCCUUAUUAGUUGCUAAUUAUUGAUACUGAGGUUGGUCAUGGGUAGACACAGAAUUUCACAGAAUUCACAGAACAAAUGUAUUGUAAAAUGGGAAUGCUUCCAAUUUUCGUAAAUUUAAACCAUUUUAUAUCAAGCGAGUCUCAGAAAAUUUUCAGUUUGAUUGGUAUCUAAAUCUUUCAUUGUUAAAGUCUGCGAUUAAAUGGAAUUUCUACACAACUAUUGAACACUGAAAUUUUUUCUUAUGCACUGCGUUUCAUAACUAUAGAAUCACUCCAUUUUUCUGAGUUUUCAGACAUUUGUGAGAAGUCGGUUGAAUCGAAGUAAAUAGUGUAGGAUAUAAUAACUGUCUUCAUUUAUAAUGGCGGGUUUACAUUAGGAAGAUCUAUAGCUAUAGAAGGAUUUAUUCACGUGAAAAUAGAUGUAAACGGGUGAGAAUAAAUAUGAUACACUUAUUCGAGGUAUAUAUAACUACAAUAAAUUCAGCAUAUGUAAACGCUGGUGAAUUUCUCACCGCAGUUCUACUUCAGGUGAAUAAAUUCACCGAAAAAGAGAUAGAGGACUCAUUCUAUCUUUCUUGCACUCGUAUUCAUAGGCAAUUGAAUGUGUUUGCUGUCAGCAGAUGUAAACAACGCUCAUUUUUAAAUCAGUUUAUAUUAAUUUGCUCCUGCUCCUGGUUAAUUUAUUGUCAUGACUGAUAAGAGUGAGCAGAAAGAAUUGAUUAGAAUUGAAAUAAAUUAACUGAUCCAAAAUUGCAUUUCACUGCUGAUUAUUCAAGUGGUAGAAAGAUGCACAAUUAAGAAUAAAUAUAUGCAUAUGUAAACGGGUUGUACAUUUAUCAUAACUUGAAAUUGUAUAAAGGAAUUCAUGAAUAUAUCCAUUAUAUAAAUUCACGCUAGUGUAAACGGUUGAUGCGAUUUCUAUAAACCUCAUCAUAUUUUUUCACAUGAGUAUAUCCCUAGUCUAAAUUUACCGUAAGGCUGGUUAUUUCAACUUUAUUGUUGUGUUCAGGCGCGAAACAUUCAAAAAACUAAUAUUCCAGUGUUUCAUAACUAUAGAAUUAGAUGAUAAAACUUUCACUCCUAUACAAAAUUAACGUCAAUUUCACAUGAAUUACAAUAAGUUUCUAAUUCGUAGGGCAUCCUUAGUUCCCAAUCAACUCAAAGAACGCAUUCGGGGUGGUUUCGACCAAGCUGCGCCAUGUUGUAGUGCGUAUCUCGUUCUACGCAGAGGAUACUGCUCGUUUAAGCUAUUUGAAUCAUUCAUACUACUUGUAAGCUGCAUCUACUAUUUGUACGAUGACUCCUCAUAAAUUCUUGGUAGGGUUUUGAUCUGGUAAACAAGCUGACCAGUUCAGUAUCUGAAGCCCCUAUUCAAUUAACCAUGCCAUGACGUUCCGGAUUUGAUGAGUUGUUGCCAAAUUACCCAAUUAUCACAUUGUUUUUGAUGCAGAAACAGCAGUAAAUGAUUCUGAAAUACUUCGUUGCACUCCUGACUGUUCAUUCGUGUUGAUGGUAAGCUAUCUAAACCAGGCCUAAACCAGAAGUGAAAUAAAUAGGGUUACCAUCUGGCCGGAGUUGAAAAUCAGGACACCUGUCACAGUUACGAUUAAGACCAAACCAUUAUGAUUCUUUGAGUUAGAAAUAAAUUUGAAAUUUAUUUGUUUAACAUAUUUCUUGGGCGAUCCAUGCGGUGAAAAUACUCCGGACGUGAUGGCUUCUGUCUUUUUACAAGCACAGGAGAUUGUUUUGGCGGUCUCAGAGUCAUCAAACAUCAAGUGCAAUAGUACCGAAGUACAAGCCACGGAUAUAAAAUACAAGAGCUCCUUGUGCAACCCAAAUUUCUGCACCACAUAGUUCAACAUGGAUUUGGAAGUGAAUGCCAAUCGAGUAUUCUUGCAAUUUUUCGAUGUUGGGAUAUGCUUUUCCUAAUCAAAUUUUUUAUUUCAAAAAAUCUGUUUCUAUCAAAAUGCCUAAAUCUGAAUACCGCUAUGAGCCAUCGACACUUAUGAAUCCCAUAUGCAGCGUUGGCUUCAUAAUCCUUAAGUUCUUUUGUAAAAAAUACUUCUGACGCAAUUCGUCGGUCAAAUGACACUUUCGUUUGGACAUUUGAAAAAAAAAAACUUGGAAUAACGAGCCAAAACACAAAAACAUCACCGUGACCAGUGAAACAAAAUCUCUAAAUGAAAAUAGUUGAAAGAUCUCGUGGAAGAUCCAACUGCUACUCUGUAUAUGCUCCCAAAACUUUAGUCUUCAAUCAAAAAGGUUUUACUAAAAACAUAAUACACUGAGAAUAAUUCUGAUUCUGCAACAAAAUUUAAUUUCUCAUAAAAAUCAGGACAAAGGCUAGAUUGUGAAAAACGCCCCAAAUAGAUCUUAAAAUCAGGACAUGUCCUGCUAAAUCAGAACAGAUGAUCAGCAAAGAAGUACUUCAGAAUCAUUGACUUCUGUUUUUGCAUCAAAAACGCCGUGAUAAUUGGAUAAUUUGGCAUUAAUUCAUAAAAUCCGGAAAGUCAUUGCAUGGUUUAAUGAAUAGGGGCUUCAGAUUCUGAACUGAUCAGCUUGUUUACCAGAUCAAAACCAUAUCAAGACCUUAUGAGGAGUGAUCGUACAGCUUACAAGCAAUAUGAGUGAUUUGAAGAGCUUAAACAAGCAGUACCCGCUGCGUAGAACGAGAUACACACUACAACAUCUCACAGCUUGGUCGAAACCACUCCGAAUGGGUUAUUUGAACUGAUUGAGAACUAAAGAUAACCUACCAAUUAGAAAUUUAUUGUAAUUCAUGUGAAAUCGACGUUGAUUUUGUAAGAGAGUGAGAGUUUUUUCAUCUGGUUUUAUAGUUAUGAAAAACUGGAAUUUUAGUUUUUCGAAUGUUUCGCGACUGGACACAACAAUAAAGUUCAAAUAGCCAUGAAGACAGUUAUUAUACAGACAAAUGGAGUGCUUCUAUAGUUGUGAAACGCAGUGUAGCAUUUAAGAAUAAAUGUAUUAAGUAGUUUAACUGGGAAAUUAAGUUAUGAUUGUUUUUAUGAUAAAACAGAAUUAUCUUUAAUUUAGAAAGCUCGAACUAAUUCAUAAUGCCAUUUGUAAUUAUUAUCAAAAAACAAAUGUCUUGUGGUAGUUAUUAAUAAAUGAUUAACAAUACUAUCAUAAUUUCACACAGCAAUUAAUCAUCAAAAUCCGAUUGCAGCUAGUAACAGCUGAACGACAAAACAUAGACCUUACAACAUCGAGAUUCUUGAGUUUGAGUGAUUUUUGAGAGGCUUUAACUUUUUGGAAAAUGAAGAUGGGAUGUACAUUAUUUUGAAAGUUUGUGGUUUUCGAACAUUCUACGCUCAUGUUUCUAUUUUCUGUGUGUAGGUGUACUAGACAAAAAUAAUGAGAAGAAAUAAAAAAUCGAUUUGCUCCUGUUUUACGAAAGCUUUUUUUUUUUUGCUAAGUCAACCAAGUCAACAAUCCAAUCGACCUACACUUACACACAGCAAGACAAAAAUACGAGCGUAAAGUAUACAAUGAUGUGCGUUCCAUCUCUCUACGCUGAUCACGAAGUUAUAGCCUUUCAAAAAUCACUCAAAAGCCUCAAUGAUGCAAGGUGUCCCAAUAAUUUUUUUGGUCGAGUAUCAAUGUGUAUCAUAUGUUCUGUAUUUUUAUAACUAAACUCUUCGUUCACCCUGAGUACUCAGUAUUUAUACUUUUGGGCUGUGUACGUUGUUCUGGAUUAAAAAAAAUACACUGCUUAAGGCUCGAUUCAUAAAGAAUCCAGAAU